CCGAGCCGAGCCGAGCCGAGCCCCGCCGCCGCCGCAGGAGGAAGCGCAGCCGGGGCAGAGCCGCCCCGCAGCCGGCCGGAGCCGCGCGGCUCGGAGGUGGGGAGAGCACUGCCAGCCAGCAGGGACGGGGACAUGGAUCGCGGUGUCACCCUGGAGAACCCCUAUGCCAGCGUGAACAUCCCGCGGUCCCAGUUCCAGCAGAGUUUCAUCACUCAUUACCUGAAGGAAGAGCCUGCUUCGCCCACCGUGAUCGCCAACCCCGCCGUCGUGCCUGUGUACAGCGCAGAGGAGCAGGCAGACCGUGCUGGCAGCUGUGACAACCAGACCAUUUCCACGGGGAAGUCGUGGUCCCGGCCCUACAACCCCUAUGGUAGCAUGAAGAUGCCCAAUGGGGAUUCACCCGACUCCUUCUACACUGUCACCCUGGACAAACCACCCAAAGGCCACGAGUCCGGUGGGGGGAACUGCUGCCACAAGCGGUGCCCCUGCUGCAGAAAGUGUUGCUGUGUCAUCUCCUAAGGGGACGUGUGGGACGUGCUGGGGGGGCACCCAGCCCGGGCACCCCAGGGAGCUGCCCCAUCACCUGCUCUGGCAGCUGGGAGGUGGCACCGGUUGGACUCACCUCUGGUUUUCACCCAUGAGCUCUGCCGCCAGCUACACUGGUGAUGGGCACCUGCUGGCUCCUUGGAGCCCAGAGAGGGGUGUGGGGGAGAAGGAUGGGACCCCCCCACUCCAUGGAGACCCAGGGAUCCUGGGGAUGAUGUGUGCCGACACAGAUGCCUCCGAGGAGCGCCUACAUUGGGACUGGAGCAGUCUGCGAGCCUCCACACUGAGCUGGCUAGUCCACCCUUGCUGGGAAACCCAUGGAGAAGGGUCAGGGACACGUCUCCGGCUGGGACGGGGACCCCUCCCCUCCUCGAGCAGUGCCCCCAUGCAGUGUCACGGGGCUGCUGCACGCCCUGCGCCAAGCUCUGGAUGUGUGGCUGCUCCUCCUCACCACGUUGCCCGCCAGACGGAGGGAAGGAGACAGGAAGGACAGACAGACAAAGUGUGGCAGGGUGCCAGGCAGAACUCCAGGGCAGCACCUGAUGGUGUGGUGUUCGGGGGCCUGCUGUCAGGAUGCCAGGACCCCCUCCAGUCCCGUGCCUUCCCCGCGGUCAGGGUGCGCAGUGCCACCCGUGCCAUCGAAGCGCCCACUGCGGAUCCCCAUCCUCGGCCUUCUGCAACCCCCUGGCACUGAGAAAAGCGAGCGUGGAGCCCGCUGGCCUCUUCGCAGCAAUCUGGGGUGGCUCUGGACUCGGUUUUGGGCUGGGACUGGCGCGGCGGGGCUGGAACAAGCCGGCCGUUGUGCUGGCGUUCCCCGGCCGUCGUGCUGCCAAGUGACAGCUGCGUAAGCAACCGCGGCGGCUGCAGGAACGGCCUCGUCUGCAGGGGCUUGGAAAGAGCGCGGGUGUGAGCCGAUGACUUCAGCGUGCCACAAAUAAAGUUACUGCCCUCUCCUGCCCUGCCAA